AUGCCUCCGGAGCGUACUGCGCGCGGCUGGGGAUAUGUCAGGCGAGUGUCCAGGACAGAUCCCCAGGACGGCGCAGACGACGGCUCUCCUAGUCGUCUCAGCCUCACGGCUGGAUUUUGCAGCAAGCGCUUCGGCAUACGCGGGUUCGAGGUGAUAUCUGAUAGCAGCUCCGGAUCCGACACAACGAACCACUUCUUGAUCGAGAUUGCCGAUGCUAUCGAGACUGCCAAAGUCCGCACUGUUCGUGCUCAAGAUGCCCAUCUGGGAACUGCAGAGAUCGCGCCCAUGCCGGUACGCGGAGAGCCGCCGUCAGUUAGCUAUGGAGCGAUCCCGGGCAUGACUUCAAGAGGAGGCUUUGUAUACCCCGCCGACACCUCACUGCCUCCCCCGACCCUUGACCCCCCAUCCCCGGGCAAGGUCGAGUCCAUGCAGAAGCUCCAGGACUUUCGGAACCUGGUCGAGCGCCUCCAGAAUUCAAAGUCCAGUAUCACCAGCGGUGGACCUGUCGACACGCGCAAGCAGCUUGACACCAGCGAAGAAUCCAACGUGACCUCUGCGUCGCUGCUGAGCAAACAAAGCCUACUCACGGCUGUUUCAGUUCCUAGCUCCAAGGCGUCGAUCGAUAACGGUUCCCGCGAGGCAGCCGGCGACUGCAAGAAGGACCUGGCCGACAUCACGGAUGCUGGCACCAAGGUAGCCAAGCCGAAGAAGGCCGAGGGCCUUAACCCGGCCGCUGCUGUGUUUGCUCCAUCGAAAAAGAGUGCUCCGUCGUCGAUGGCAGCCGGGCCAGGGGGCAGCGGUCAGGCCCAGAUGACCGGACAGUCUGCUGCACCUGUCAUCCCAUUGAAUGGGGCUUUUGUUCCUGGAAGUGGCAUUCCGCCCGGCCCAAUGAUCGCCAUCAUACCGCCGCCGGUGAUCCAGACCCCGCAGGGACAGCUGCUGCCUACCGCGCCAUUUAGUGUCGCCCUCCCCCUGAGCUCCAACAUGAUGCAGCCCGAUAUUUCGGCACUUCUUGCAAUGCAGCAGCUGAUGAUACAGCAGGCUGCUCUGCAGGCCCAGCUCGCGGCGGCUGGAGGAGGCAUGCUUCCCAUGCUUGGACGGCGUCCACCUCCAUUUGCUGGCCCGGCUCCUCCUCCUCCUCGCUCGGGCUCUCCGGUGAAGAUCUCUUUCAGGCCUCCAGGCCAGACCUUUGACCGGCCCAGGCCGAUGCCAUCGGGAAUGCCCAGCGGCCCAGCGGCUCCGAGGCCACCCCAGCUCCCUCUGGCGCCGAGGCCUGUGGCUAACCAGGACCUGCUCAAAUUCGACCCCAAGGGAAACCUCAUCGACAUCCCCAAGCCUCGCGGCCACGACAACCCGCUUCUGCAGCUCCAGUACGAGGCCGCCAUCGAGUGGAAGAAGGAGCACGUUCCCGGCUACGCGGAGGAGUGUCGCCGGCGCCAGAAUGACCGCAACGACCGCAAUGCCCUCAGAAAUAUGCAGCAGCACUUUACCCAAGGCCCCAACCCAGCCAAGCGCGGGCGGGCCCAUGGUGACGAUGUGGUCUAG